AUGCGCCUCCCAACAGCCUCCCCCCGAGACAUCACCAGCAUCCAAAACUGGCUCCACGGCACCGGCAGCAUUGCCAGCCCAGAAACCGACUUCCUCUCGCACCCGCACGACCUCGCCAACCUAACCGGCACUCUCGACAGCGCCGUCCUCACAAUCGAAACCUUCAUCGAACGCCUCGCCUUCUUCCUCUCAUCGCCCAUCCGAAAAAUCAAACGCCUCCCCGAGUCCCUCAAGCCCGGUCGACACGACCUAACAUCCGACCCGCACAUCUUCUUCGCGGGCCCGCGGCUCCGCAGUUUCAGCCGCGCAGUCACGAGUUGGAUAGCCGCAUCGAUUCUGCUCGCGCCGGUCGUGGUGUUGUUUUGUGUGCAGGAUGCUGUGGGGCGGCUGGUUACGAUUACGGUGGCUGUGUUGUUCUUUUUGAGUGCGUUGAGUACGUGGACGAAGGCGAGGACUAUUGAGGUUGUUACUGCGGGGGCCAGUUAUGCGGCUGUGCUGGUGGUGUUUACUUCGGCGAGUAAUGCGCUGAGGCCUGAGUAUAGUGCUAGGCUUGGGGAUUGA